AAGUACUCGGAGAUGUCAAAUGCUGUAUUUCUGAUAAGAGAGAGGAUACUUGAGGAUAUGAAUGAGGAAGUAGAGCAGCGUUGUUAUGCCAUAACAACAAAUGAGAAAUUGGGUCUGACAGUUAAUCCUCAUCCUAUAAAUGAGGAAGAUAUCGUUGAUUGUAGCGGAGAAGUGGAAGACGACUUUGAAUCCAGUCUAGAUGAUCACCAGAGGUUGAACUCUAUACUUGAACAUCAAGGAAAGGUGUGUAGGGUGCAUAUGGAGCAGGAAACCAGGAAGUCCUUUCAGCAGAUCAUCAAGGAGCAGAUAAAACUAGGGAGUGUAAGUGGACCUGCGGGGGAGUGUAGUUCUCCAGUACGUGAGUCCAAUACAGCCCUGGGUGAGGAUGGAGUAGAUCAAGAUGUGCAACCAGGGAGUGUGGUUGUAAACACGGUGGAGUGUAGUUCUCCAGAUCGUGUUCUGAGCACAGCCCUGGACAAGAGCAUCUCUGAGGAAAAUUACGGAGAAUUUAAGGCAAAGGUUCCAAUGGCAAAGUUUAGGAAUGCAAUGGAUGAUGAAGACUCUGAAGAAGGUGGAGGUUUUAGAUGUGCAGAAUGUUCAAAAUGUCUAAACUGCAAAACCUCUAGUAAGCGUACUGAACCACCUCUUGGUUUUGCAGCCCUGGCGGCCAGGGCGGGGAGGGGUAUAGCAGAUUUACUUGUAGGUCCUGUAUUUCAUGGUUGGAUGAAAUCUCUAAGGAUAACGGGGUAUAUGCAAGGAUGAAAACUAGCUAUUCCCACAGUAAACAUUUGAUUCAAGACGAAAAGUGCAGGAUUUGUGUGCUGGAAGACCAUAGAUGGGAUCCUAGGAAUGAGACUGAGAAAGCAGAGCAAUAUUUCUUCUCCUGGGAAUCUGAGAGGGUGAAGAGGACAUUGAAACAUACAGAGAUGCAGAGAUUCAUAAUAGAUGAAGGAAGAGUGUAUGAUGAAGGAAGGCUCUCUCCUGAGUACCAGAUCAGGGAUCAAGAUUUGGAUCAAGUGGGAUUCUUGGACAAGCAUGUUAUAGUGGGAAGGAUUCCUGUGGUGCUCUCGGAUUCUCCAGUAUUGCAUUCUUAUCUGAUGUAUGUUCACAUGAAAACCAGUGUUCAUGCUUCUCUGGAAACCACAGUCAAGGAGAUACACAGGAAGAUGAGAGUGGUGAAAGGCUUGAGAUGGCUGGUCAAGAGAGUAAUUGCAGACUGUGUAAAGUGCAG